AGUGGGGAAUUCAUAGCGGACACUUCCUGAGACAUAAGAGGAGAAUAAGCAGUAUGCUGGUCCAUAGAGGGAACCAUAAAGUGCAUAUUUGGAUGGAUGGGAAAAACAACAACACUUAAUGACAGAAAUGUUACCCUCAACUACAGAGCAGGUUGCCGUGACCGGGACUUCUCAUCUGGGCUCUUCGGCUGGUAAUGGCUCAACCUUCCUAGACUCUGAGUUUCGUUAUGUCCUCUUCCCUGUUGCCUACAGCAUCAUCUUCAUCGUGGGCCUCUUCGCUAACCUCUAUGUGCUGUUUGUCCUGCGCUGCCUCCGCGCUGCCAAGGUCAUGGGUGAAAUCCGCAUCUACAUGGUAAACUUGACCAUCGCCGAUCUCCUUUUUGUGAGUGCCCUUCCCUUCUGGAUUAGCUAUUACAACCAGCAUGGUAACUGGGCCUACUCAGACUUCAUGUGCCGGCUGACUGGCUCGUUGUUCUUCAUCAACACGUACUGCUCCAUCUUCUUCCUCGGGGCCAUCAGCAUCAACCGAUACUGGGCAAUCACCCGGCCUCUGGAUGCGGCCACCUCAGACCACAGACUUCGUGGGAUCAUUGUGAGCGUUGUCAUCUGGGUUUUGACCAUAGCGAUGGCGAUUCCAUCUCUGGUAUCUCCUGGGACCAACACUACUGAGGACAACGUCACUCUCUGUUUUGAGGGGUACCAAAAUCAAUCCAAUACAGAGAAGGAAAAAGUGGCUAUUAUUCAUUUUGCAAUAAUUGUAGUGUUUUUUCUGGUCUUCUUUCUGGUCGUGGUGUGUAAUUUCCUUAUUGCUCGAGCGUUGCUUAAUCAAAGUCCUUCUCAGUCAGGGGUCCAAUCAGCAACGGUCAUAGCCAGGAAGUCCCACAGGGCCAACUCUUCCUCGACUAAAAGGCCCAUAGGGGUGAAACGGAGAGCUCUGCCGAUGUUGUUUGCAGUGGUGGGGGUGUUUGUCCUGUGUUUCCUGCCUCACCAUGUGAUUCAAGGCUUCUGGACACUGGCAGUGUUGCAGAUCACACAGGGCUGGGGCCACGUAGAGUGGGACCAGAAGACCCUUCAGGCGCUCAACGACGCACAUCAGAUCACUUUGCUUUUCAUGGGUCUCAACUGCAUUUUGGAUCCUGUAGUUUACUACUUCGCCACACAGAAGUUCAGAGGGUUCAUCAUGGCCCACAUAAAAAAGUUAUUAAAGAGAGAAGUGUGCUCGCAGACGCUCACCUCACAGCUCUCCAUGGACAGCAGGAAUCAGAGCCAGAGAAUCCAUUGUGAGGACCAGCAGCCCGAAAUACAUUGAUUUAAACAGAUGUAAUACUUGUACAAAGGUGUAGAUAUAUGUUACUUGUGUGUGAAAGACGUUCAUGUUGCCCCUGUUUCAAGAUACAUAUAUUCUUGCACCUCCAAAUCUGUCAAUAGUUUCAGUGUUGAUGUAGUUCAGUGUCACCCUCAGAAUUGAAUGCGGUUUCACACAUUUAUCUGGACAUUUUUCUAUCUCCGCACACUAAAGUAGGUGCGAUCUGACGUGCACCAGUCCGCCUGCUCUUCCUGUGUGAAGUACAAGCUGAAAAGCAGAAGUUUUGCAAGCAGAAGUACAACAGAAAAUUCAUUAUCUGAAAAUUGAAACCAUGUAACGGAAAUGAUAAUGCUUGAGCUAUGUUUUCCCGCUAACAUCCAGUAUUGUGACAUUGCAUAUUUGUCAAAUGGUAAAAAUCCUAUGACUCACUGUGACAACACAUUAUUAUUCACUGUAAAUGCAUUAUACUGUUCUUACUGCGAGUUUACCUGCUGUUUUAUGAUGCAUUUUGUGUACUUGAAUGUGUCUGUAAUGUAAUUUAAACUUUACAAAGAAAAUGUUUUUACUACCUCGUCAA